CCAGGUCUCGACUGCUUGAAUGUACCGUCAUUUUCAAAAUGGAUGAUCAAUUUGAGGAAGAUUUUGAGGACACACAAGAGGACAUUUCUCACAUUUUACAAGGAAUAAAUCGGUAUAACCCAGAGAAUUUGCAGCAACUCGAAGCCUAUGUACAACUACAGGUGUCCGAAAAUCGAUAUGAUCUGGAUGCUAAUUUAGCUGUUCUCAAGUUGUACCAGUUCAACCCACAGCUGCGUCAGACUAAUUUUGUGGUGCAGAUAUUACUGAAGGCACUAAUGAACCUUCCUCGGACAGACUUUUACCUGUGCAAGUGCUUGAUCGAUGAGAAUUAUUCUCAUGAUAAAUCCAUUGAAAAAGUUCUAUAUCUGUCUGACUUGAUGGAGACUUGUCACUUUAAAGAUUUCUGGCAUGAGAUCCGAAAUGAAUGCCCAGAACUUAUUGCUGGUGUGAAAGGAUUUGAGGAAGCUCUGAUGUUGUACAUCAGUGGUGUAUUAAGCACAACAUAUCAGAAUAUAGACAGUCAGCUAUUGUCUGAUUUGCUGGGUGGUCUUGAAGGCAACGAGCUUCAGGCGUGGAUAACCUCUCGUGGAUGGAGCGUGCAUGCUGAUGGCAAAGUAUUUAUUUGCAAUCAAGAACAUAUCAAGUCUAAGAAUAUCGUGGAGAAGAUUGAUUUCCAUAGUGUGAAAGGUAUGAUGCAGGUUUCAAGGUAGUAACAAGGGACACUCGUGCAGCUCACCGACUAAGGCAGGAAAUAUAUACAAAACUAUUUAAUUCAAACUACUGGAUAAAACACAGAACAUAUGACGCUCAAGAAAAUCGGUUCAGGUGUAUUUUCUUUUGAGAAUUUGUGCUACCAAUCCACAGAGCAUCCACUGUUCUGUGUUUUAUUAAAAUACUUUACAACGGUGAUAUUUUUGGUUCUUCAUGAGGGCUGUAGAAUCCCACAAACCGCGCGUGGGUUAAAUCUUUGCUUUCACAAUUAAAGCUUUUCCACCCACAAUCGUGUGGGAGACAUCGGAAAUUCGAGUUAUGCAUUCCGCAAACUGGUUUGUUCAAUCUUGCCAUAGCCAAAGGUUCUGGCAAUAUUCACCCCCAGUUUGAUCUUGAGCGCAGCGUAACCUGCCUCAAUGUACAAGCACGAUAAAAAGGUAUCCACUUCAAAAUAAAAUGGCCGCCUUUAGUGCUUCUCGCGAUGCACGAUUGAAAGUCUUUGCUUUGUAUGAACCACGCGCAAUAUAUCCGUGCCAAGGUGUGAGAAUCGCGUUAAGAAGUCAUCGAUGGAAUUACCCGUCGUUUUUAUUUGAAGAGGUGAUUUGACGUGAUCUCUUGUUUUUUACCUACUCAGAAAUCUGUGUUACGGUGAGUGGCAUUUUCAUCUUUUUUUUCAUCUUUAUAAAUACAUUUCUUUCCCGGCAUAUGUCUUUCAUAACUCUCAAAGAAGCAAGGGCAAAUUUCAGAAAUUUGCCACAUUCUUUUCUUAAAAAGCGCUCUUGCACUGCUAAUGUCAAGGAAUUCUAUUCAGGUGUACGUCAAACAGUCAUAGAAAUUUUUGAAUUCCUCAGGUUGUUCGUGCAAGCAAAAUAACGUACUGAAAGGCCAGUCAAAGGUCGUUCAAGAACUUCAUCGUAUAUAUAGGAGUGAGUGGUCAAAAUAUUUUUUGGAAAACAAUUUAGGAAGCCGUGAGUGGUGAUCGCUCUUGAUUAUAUAAGGUUGAACUCAGCAGGAUUUCCCAACCCUUUGGGCUAUAAAGCAAAUUAUACGAGGAUUCUGAAGUCGCCCAACGUUGGUUAAACGAUCAAUCGAGAGAUUCCAGAUCUUAUAAAACAUGGUUAUUUGCUAGAAAUAUACUUCAUUGUACAAAGGCCGAAGAUAUUGGGAGAUCUGAAAAGUUGCCAGUGAGAUCGAGAUUUUUCUUCACACUGCCUCUUGCUGGACCACACAAAACGGCCUGAGAAACCUCGCCCCUCGGGUAACAAGCUGGCUAUAAAAGGCUUCGCCGCAAAGUCGUGAACAAGCAUUUGGGUCCAAGAGUGUCUACGGUUAACAUUUGGCAGACGGGUGACUUGGUAAAAAAAACAAAGGCGAGUUGACGAAAGAAAAGACU